AUGCGAUAUGAAAUAAAAAGUGAAAUCUCUAAACUAACUGAAAAAUUUCAAGCUAUGGAAGAUCGACUGAGGAAUGCCGACUUUCAAAUAGUAACAUUGAACGAAGAAGUAAAUACAUUGACAUCAAAAAUUCACAAUCUUGAAAACAAAAUAGAAGAUCUUGAAGAUAGAUCUCGUAGAAAAAACCUUAGGUUUCGUAAUUUCAAUGAUUCCAAUAAGCAAGAAAAUUUGCAACAUACGCUAUACGACUACUUUAAAGUCCUAGGUUUAAAACUGGAUGGCUCUAAUGAGAAAAUCGAUAGAUGUCACAGACUCCACAAACCAUCCAAUAUAGCAUCUGAUAUCCCAAGAGAUAUAAUUACCUGCUUUCAUUCGUUUGAAUUUAAAGAGCAAGUAUUAAAAGCUAACAGAGAGAAACUUAUAAAAGAUGGUCCGUAUGCAAAUAUCAUAGCACUUCCAGACCUAUCCUAUAAUACUAGAUAUAAGAGAAGAAUGUUUUCACCUGAAAUUAAUAUUUUAAAGCAACAUAACAUCAGAUUCAGAUGGAGCUACCCCACAAAGAUGAUUAUCCAAAUGGACGGAAAAAUAGAGACUUUUGAUCAACCAGAUAAGCUAAAGACAUGGCUACAGAAUAAAUCACUAAAUUAA